ACCCCGCCCCUUGUCAGUUUAGAAUUAAAAUGCGGAGCGAGAAGGGCUACUGCGUCUAAUACCCAAAGAUCCGGUGGACCGAGGCGGAUGGAACUAUUCCUCACAUCAUUUACGCACAGAUUUCUUCGUUAUUUUGCGCGCCAAUAGCGUUUAAAAUGCCUUUUCCGCCGAUAAACCUGCACUCACGGAUAUCAUCGCCUAGAAAGGAGCUGUUCAGAAAAAAGAAGAGCAGGGACAAUGUCGCGCCUCCUCAAUCCACGUUCAGCCAAAGGACAGGAGACGACAAGGAGUCGGAGAAAGAUAAACUAUCCACAUCGUGGCCAUCGGCCCAUUCAAAGCAGCUGGGACGAAGCAAGCCGAGCAGAGUCCCUCCAGAUCCCGAGACGGACAGCAAACAUUCGUGGUUGAGCGUCCCCAAACCCUUGGCUACCUCAUGCGAAAGCGUCCCACGGUCAAGUUCUGGAGAGUCUAGCCAUAAAUACGCCUCCAGGACCUCUCUAGCGAAAGAAUUAGGCGAGCAAGAGAUCCACUUCUCCCUCAGCCUGACCCCCGAAGCCAUCCUGGUCAUCCAAAAGCGCAAUCUGGAAAAGCAGAUGAUGGCCAAGCAACAGAAGUGCUGCGCUUCCGCCGACUUGCGACACCGGAGGGUUUUCCCGUCCAAGAGAGCUCAGGGCAGCUCCAGUAACAAGAGCUCCGGACCUGUUGCCAAACUGGACGCUUCCAAUGACAUUAGCACCAUCGUGAAGAUCUCCCUCCUCAACGAUCAGUACAAAUAUGAUGAUGUGGAGUACGAGGAGGAGGACGGAGACGUGGACGAGACAGUCAUGAGGAAAUGCAAAGAGUGGCUCAAAGGUGUGGAGAGUGCUGCUGCUUUUGGGAAAGUCGAUAAAUUGUCAUCUUUGCCUCAUCUUAAAUGCUGAUAACCUGAACUACUUCAUUCCACAAAGAAAGAUCCAAAGGUGAAGACUUCAGUUCAACGCGUUCUUGCGUUGAAAAACAGCUGUACGGAGCGCAACGGUGUUUAACUGGACAAACUGUGUUUAACUGGACACACCGUCUUAAAACACAAGGCAAGUGUACAUAGAGCAACUGUAAAAAAAUAAUAAUAAUAAUAAAAAACCCCGCGCAAACGAAAAGAAAGAACAUAUCCUGUGUUCACAUGGGUCUCGCACACAGGGCGCGCGCUCUUGUGUUCGCAAUCACCUGAAAAGCGCAACAAUGGGCUAUUUUGAACGUGACUGUGCGACUUAAAAUCUUGGCACAUAUACGCACAAGGCACUGUAAAAAACGCAGUGUUAACAUACACCAACAAUGAGACCAAAACCGAUCAGAUUUAAUGAAAGAAGGCGUUACAUGUGAACGUGGAACAGAACGCAGAGGCGUUUAAAAAACGGAAUGUUUCCACCUUUACGCGCGCCAUUUAAACUUGAUGGCGCAAGCUGCGAUGUGAUGGCCAAAUAUGGCCAUAUGACGCGGCGAAUAUAAAACAACAAUCCAUAAACAUCUUGGACUGAACGCAAGAGCCUGUCCUUUGCACACUAACACACACACACACACAGCUUUCAUAAUGGACUGACUGGACUGGAAUGUUGCUGUUUUUUUCUGCACUGAGAAAUAUUGCUGAUCACUCAGAGAAUUUUUUGCAGGUUUACUUUACGCAUUGACUGAGAAGCAGUAGUGUUUUUGCACAUUGCUAUUGUUUUCUCUUUGCUGGGCUGAAUGACAGAUGUUUGUUUCAAUCUGUGGAAGUAAUAGCCUACGGAGAAUGAAGAGGGACAGGAUGUGACUGUCGACCAGUGAAAUGCAUCCAGAGGCCAUGGCCCUUCCUUUGUGCCAGAAAACAAUAGCUGUCAAGGGGACACUGUCUGAAAGCCUUAGAACAGACACUUAAUAUCUGAGAAAAGUGUGUGUGUAUUAUGGACUCGAGACAAACCAGCCAUGUACAGUAUUUAUUUUGCAAUGUGGAGGUGUGUUUAUAUGCCGUGUGUUGUUCCAAGUCAUUUUUAAGGGUGCUGACAAUAAAAUCCAAAAGUUA